UUUAAAUUGAGGCAUCUUCAUCACUCUCACUGGUUUUACUUUGAGACAGAGACAGAGAGAGCUGUUUGGCAUCGGAAAGAGAAAGAGGCGGCGACUCAAGGUAAGAAGAAGUAAGAAGAUGAUGAUGGCGAAGGAGGCGAAGAAGAAGGAUUCAUCACACUGGUGGUGGUUCGACAGCCACAGCAAGGGCAGUCCGAAUCGAUCUCCGUGGCUUCAGACAACACUUUCAGAGCUGGAUGAGAAGACAAGAAGAAUGCUGCAGGUGAUCGAGGAAGACGCGGAUUCAUUCGCGCAGCGCGCUGAGAUGUACUACAGGAAGAGGCCCGAGCUCAUCAGCAUGGUGGAAGACUUCUACCGGACUCAUCGCUCUCUAGCAGAGCGAUAUGAUCUAGUGAAGGCGGAGAGCGGGAGCCGCCUCCCAUCCUCACCAUGGUCAUCGCUAUCACUGUCAUCAGCAUCAUCGUCUCCACUGCCCUUCGCCAAGUAUCACCUGGAGAAGUCUCCGAGCCUGUGUGAAGGAGCCUAUGACAGCUACUCCGAGGCCUGUGGGCCGGAUGAUGAGUCAGAUGAGUCUGAGGUCGAUGAUCCCGAGGAGGAGGAGGAGGUGGUGGUUGGAUCAGACGUGUCAAGUGAGGGCCGUGAUGGGGAACUCGUGAGGCUCAGGGAAGAAGUGGCGAGGCUCGUGGAGGAGAACGAGAGGCAGAGGGAGGAGCUCAAGGCGAAGGAUGAGGAGAAACGCGAGGUCAUAAGGCAGCUAAGCCGGGCCAUGGAGUUGCUUAGAGAAGAGAAUGUGAUGCUGAGAGAGUGUCUGAGCAACAAAACUCCCAAGAAGGAAAGCAAGAUUGAGUACACCAAAAUGAAGGAGAAUUUCUUUGGGAGAUUGUUCAAUGGAUUUGGGAAACCACCAGUUAUUGCUCUCUAAAUGUUAAGGAAUCUGUUUGAACUACAAUUUGUUUGAGGGCUUCACUUUAAACUGUAUUCUUUAUUCUUUUGUGUGUAUUGUAUUAUAUUGUAUUGUACUAUUGUCAUUCCCUUCUAGAACUCAAUAUCAUUUGUAUUAUUGUAGUAGUAAAUUUGAUUUUUGUAAGUGAUUA